AUAUUGAAUCUCAACCGACGUUAGUAGAAGAUGCAAAUAUAAUAUUUGUAAAAAAUAUCAAUGAUCAGGAAGCUCAACCUGCUGAAAAUGAUGGCUUAUUACAUGGACUUGAAUUAUUUUUGGUUACUUUUGGUCUAGGUUGUGCUAUAUUUUUAGCCGCAUUGGAUCAAACAAUC